CUUCGCAUGUGUAUCAAUAGGUCACAUGCGAGAACUCUGUCUACAUGACUUUCCUUGUAUUUGUCCAUGAAAACUGCGAAUAGUCAUCAAUGCUGGAGAUUAUGUUGCGAAAACAGUAUUAAAGUGUAACUGGAGUUUUGGAUUUUAUCGUGGCAAAGAUUUUGCUAGUGCCUAUCAAGACGAUAAAACUACCGUUUGUUUUAUAUAAACAUUAUUUUUUGCUGCUGACCUAGUUUUCAGCAUGAUAUGUAGUAUGUACACACAUGACACGGCUACUGUCAUCAUCUCUAUGGUUACUGUGAAGGAGUGAACUGCAGUUAGCGAGUGAACGCGUAGCUGCGAAUUCCAACUAUACAACAGGCAGGAAUCCAUCAAUAUUGGUUUUCUCAUUCGGCUCUCAGAGAUGGCCACGCAAGGACUGAAAAUCGGUGUCAGCUGUGGCAGCAGUGGUCAGCAAUACCGGACAAGUUAUCUUGACUUCAAACUAAAACGGCGACGAGUAAGUGAGAUUAUUGCUAGUGCCGAGUUGUCCCCCAGUUGUAGUGACACGGACGUACAGAGUACCGUGAGCGGGGACAGCGGGUACGGUAGUCCUUCCGACAGGGUAUCAAAGGGGAAAGUGCAGGAACAAAGUGCCAUCAACGUAUCUGAUGGUGAUCAUGUAUUCAAUAUAUGUAAACAGGAACAAAAGUGUGUCGAGGAUUUUUUAGCUAGCAUACCUAAAAUGGACAAUCAGCUGAUAGUUCCGAAUGUAUCCACCAGUGGGACUGGAGACGUUCAUAUCGGGGUGGCUUAUGUGACCUACACGAAAAACGGAAUCAAACCCCUCACCGGCCUUAAUGGUGAAGUGAAAAUGGGUUUGAUACCCAUGUUGUCCUCAAAUAAGGCGUUGUAUUCUCUCAGCUUGAAUGGAUUGUCUGGAAUCUCGGACGGUGCAUUACCAAAGGGUGUCCAGCCUUUGUUUCUUACGUCAAUGCCGAACGGGUUUGAAGUUCCAGACUUAGACUCAAUCCAGUCUUUGAACAACCUGAUGUCUGAGUCAUCAGGUAGUAAAAACACGUCUAGUCAAAGCAGUAAGCCCCUCUCACAGUCCUCUAGACGUGUGAUGACCAUUGACAGCGAAUCAGAAUUUAUUGAACAUUACACAAAUGGCAUGUUUGAGUAUCUUGGUCACCUAGGCGACAAAAGGUCGUGCGAUUCCAUGUCCGUUUCGUCGCAUAGCUCGUCGUAUCGCAGUGACUCUGACUCAGUGUACGGGAAAGGCAGCGCCGCCACCUUGACCUAUGAUAACAAGUACCCGAUGGUGUGUGGGAUAUGUAAUGACCGGGCUACUGGUCUGCAUUAUGGGAUCAUCACCUGUGAAGGGUGCAAGGGUUUCUUCAAACGCACGGUGCAGAACCGGCGGGUGUACACAUGCGCAGGUGGUGGCGGAGAGUGUGAAAUCAACAAGGCACAGCGGAAUAGAUGUCAGUACUGCCGAUUUAAAAAAUGUCUUCAGGCAGGCAUGGUAUUGGCAGCUGUCAGAGAAGACAGGAUGCCAGGAGGACGUAACUCCGGGGAGGUUUACAAUCUGUACAAGGUUAAAUACAAGAAACACAGACGAAGAGAUGAGACGAAUAUCAGCAAAGAACGCGUCGCCUGCAUCUCUUCUACCGACAAUCAGAUAACAGUGGAGCCAGUAAAGUCGAGGCCAAAGUUCGAGAAUGUCCUUCAAGUUCCCUACUACAGCUCUGCAAGCAUGGUUGGAUUGACCAACAGCACUGUAUCCGGAGGGAAUUUCUUUUCCACACAGAUGGGUGAAUCAAUGAGAACUUCUCACAUGUCGCAAGCGAGCAUUGAGUCUUCGUUUAACAUGAUAUACGGAGGUGCUCCCAUGGAAUCUGGGACACGAGUUUCCAUGUCGACCAUAAACCCAGGCGAGGAGCAGUUAUAUAUUGAGGAGCAAUCACCAAAGAGACCGCGACUGGAGAGCAGAAGGCCUGGUGUCAUGGCAACACAUUCCAUGGGGAUGAAGGCAAUGAGCGACAAUGGCGGUUACAGGCAAGGUAGCUGGCCGGGGCGGUUGACAGCUGGUGCCACUGGACCAGGGCAUCAAUAUAAUGAACAGAGCUUCUGGGGGGAAAAUGUGCCCGUUGUGAGUGCUAAGCCUGAAAUUGACACUAAUGGUUACUGUUACGAAGUUGAAACUGAUUUUCAUAAAUCUGAUGGUAGAUACGAAGUUGAAACUGACUCUAAUAAAUCGGAUGGUAGAUACGCAUAUUUUAUGAACAAUACCGCAGGCAAUCACUCAGCAGCGAUCUCAAAAGAUUCCACAGUCUGUGUAAGGUGUUCCAAGGAAAAGAACCGCCACUGCGUUUGCAGUCAUGUGGCACGACUUGUGAAUCACCAUUCGGUGCUCAGACGGACUCUAACAGCACCUGAUAUUGAGACAGAGAAGCAUUUAUCAAUGGUUGGAUCCCAACUGCUACCACCACCCCCUGUCAGAACAAAGACGACAAAAUCGGAUACUUUUGUCAGAAGGUGUUCCAGUUCUUUGAUAGCAGAGUUGAUGGACUGCGAUGCAAAACUGAACAUUAUGGACUUGUACAACUUGCCGGAGCUUUUGAACAAUGGUACAACAGACGUCACGAAACUUCUGUGCGAUCUCGGUGAUAAGGUGGUGGGAAAGCUGGUAUUGUGGACAAAAACUUUGCCAUUCUUUAAGGAGAUUCCUGUUGAGGUUCACUCCAAACUUCUCUCCAGCAAGUGGCAGGAGUUGUUACUGUUCAUUGCCACUGCCCACAGGGCAAUAUACAAGGAGAGUGAUGUAAUGAACUUUAAAGAGCUGUACUCUCUCAACAUGGGCAAACUCAAGUAUUACCUGGAGCAAGUGUUGAAGUGCGAGUUCAAGACGGGCCAACUGGAGAGUGAUCUAGGGGAGAUAAUGCAGCACAUCACUGAGCUUAUGCAUGGCUUCGUCACCAUGGCAAUAUUGCCUGAGGAAUACGUCUGCAUGUUGGUGCUACUGUUUCUCAAUCAAGAAGAUGAAGACAGGCUGGAAAUCGUCAGUCAUUUCCUGGAGAAAUACUGCAUGGCCCUUCGCGACUUUGAACUGAGCAAAGACCCCAAUCAGGCAUCACGUUUCCAUGAGCUUAUCAAAUGGGUGCCAAAGGUGCAGGCUGCUUCCGCUCUGCUUAUCAGCAGCAAGAUGAUUCACCUCCCCUUUUUUCUGAACUGUUAAUCCAUUUAUGCGUAGUGGACUCUCCCAUCCUUCUAAAUUGGAUCAAUUUAUUUCCAAAAAUAGGGAUGUCUAGUUAAUUUAUUUCUAUAUUUAGAAUAUUUCGUAAAGAAAUUCCUUUAAGCAAACAGCGCAGACCCUGAUGAGACGCCGCAUCAUGCGGCGUCUCAUCUGGUCUAUGCUGUUUGCCAAGGCCUUUUUUCUAGACGCUAGGCAAAAAUUCGUUAAUCAGUGGGUAUUUGAUAUAAACGUUUACAAAUACAUGUAAAAAAAUUGUUAUCAAAAUACAUUGUACUUUAUAAAAAAUAGGUACAAAAUCAUAUGAAAGUCUUUUCUUACGUUUCUUAAUUCUUUUAUCAUGUUCAUUAAGACUUUCACAACGUUUUUACUUAAUUGCUUGAAAGAACAAGCUAAGUCUUAUUAUUAUCAUUAGAAUUUACUUAUUUGUUGCUUGUUUUAUUUAAUGAAGGUUUGUUGUUUUUUAAAUAUUUAGUUUUUCAUUUCUGUUUACCGUUAUAAUUAAACAGUAAGAUUUUCUUUUCUUCUUUUUUUGUUUAUGAAUAAAACAAAGCAUAGCCUCUUUUCCUGUAUAUUCGGCCACUUAAGAGUGAAAUUGACUUGCUACUGACUGAAAAGAUUUUCAGCACAAGUGAGACAUUGAAUUAAACAUUUUAUAUCUUCCUCACAAAAGUAUGGCAAAAUAAUUUACAACACAGGUAUUUCCUUAGUAACAGGCCAAUUCUAGGUUGGCACCCUAGCAACCCUGAUGUGUUGGUAUCUUUCCUAUCAAUCUGUUCAGUCAUCAUUUUUAUAAGAAAACAAAACUUUUUAAGUAAUUUGGAUAUAAAUCAUUAAAUAAAUAUUCUUAUAGACUAAUAAACACAAAAAUACUGUAAAAAAGUGAAUAUUUUCAGAAUUAUUGGUAUUUACACAGCAUGUGUCGCUGAUUUUACAUUAUUUGUACCUAAAUUUAAUUUUUGCCUAAAAAUAUCUAAAAUUCACAUGGUUUUAACCAAAAUACUACAUCAAUGUUAUAGAUUUUUUUAAAUAAGCAUACUAACUUAAGUGUUAUCAGAAAUAUGUCAUAAUUACCAAAAUAAGGGGGUCUCCGAAAUUAUAGGGUUGGAUGAAUAGAUAGGAAAGAAGGCUACGUGUUUUCAGUUUGUGCUGUUGUUUUGUUUUGAAUUGUACAUAUACUUUUUUCAUUGAAUUACAUGUACCAGGUACAUCUUUGUAUAAAUCUCAUUGUAUUUAAGUAAUGCUGUUGAAACAUGUUGCAAUACAAAGAAGCCUGAAGGCCCAUCUUUUUCUCUUACUUUAACUUAAUCAUAAGUUUCACUAAAUUUUGACUCUUUAUAAUAAUAAAAAGAAUACAAAGAAUGUGAAUGAUUUUAUGUUUGAAGACAAUUGUUAUGAACUAUUUUACUUCUUUUGAAUGCUUAUUGAUCAUUAGUCUGGAGUUAUUGCAUGAUUAAGACUUCAAGUCUAAAAAAUUAAAAUUCAUGUUAAUGCGAGUUGUUCAUAGAUUUUGGCCUUUUUUUCAAUGUUCAUUAAAUUCCUAAACUUGCUAGAUUUAUACAUCAAAACUAUACAGCUAUACUAAUCAAAAUAGAAUUUAAGAAAGAAAAACAAAGUUUGCCCCACAGACUCAAACUUGUGUCAUUUGAAAUAUAAAACAUUUACCUGUCGGUCGCCUUGACUGAAAUAUUUUACAUUACAUUUUAUAUAAGAGAUCCAUGGUGACACAAAAUUCAACAAUUACGACAGAAACACUCUGAAUGACUUGACCAUUUUGCAUUUUUAACGCGUUAUUAUUGUAUUGUUUACAUUGAUGAUAAAAUGUCCCCAAAAUUAAUUUUAAGCACAUAUCCACUUCAUUGGUGUUAUUUUGCUCCCUAAAACAUGUAUACAGUAUUAUUUUAUUUUUUGAGUUUGUGACGAAAAAGUAAGACAAUUGCAAUUUGAACUGUCUGUGAACAAGUCAUUUAUUCAGCGUACACAUAUUUUUUUGGUAGGAUGUACAUGUAACUAUAUAAUAGUGUAUGUUUACUAUUUACGCUUCUAAUGAGAAUAUAUUUACUGAGAAUAUAUUUAGCUCACCUAAGCACAGAGUGCUCUUGGUGAGCUUUUGUGAUUGCCCCUUGUUUGGCUCUUGGCAGAGUUAGAAAAUGGGUCAUGUGGGCACAAAACCGAGGCCUCUUAAUAAAAUUAAAGAAAAAUCGUGUUUUUAAUCUAAAUGAAACAUGAAGAGAACAUUUGUCUCAAUGGCAUCUUGGCUAGGUUUAAAACUGUUUUACUUUGGGUCAAAAACUGGUUCCAAUAACACGAAAGGCUGGUAAAAACUCCUAAGAGUGCACAUUUGAUUCCAACUUUUAUGAAACUUGGUUAUUACAUUUGCCCAAAUGAUAACUCGGCACAGACCUUACUGGGCCACCUGCGAUUGAAAAUUAGGUCAACGGUCAAAAAUAACGAAAAAGCUUAUGAAAACUUGUUUUGCCCAAUAUCAUGAAACUUAGUGAAAACUAGAAGCCACCGAUGUUUACAAAAUCUCGAUGAAACUUGCUCUGAUAAUUAUUUUAAACUUUUUCAGAGCUGGAACUGAAGUUUUAAGUCCUUUGCAAACAUUUUGGAUCCAGAUGAGACGCCACAGAACGUGGCGUUUCAUCAGGAUCCAAACUGUUUGCUAUUCUUAUAGUAUUCUUUAAGAAAAAUUGAAGAACAUGCUAAUUUAGAACUUCACCAGAUGACAUUUGCAAACGGUUAAGCAAUAAUUUGGGAUGAGUGAGGUAUGGUUUCUGUCCAUCGAAAUUUGAAAAACAUGAGUCAGGAUUGUUUUGCGUAUGUGGCUAUAUUGAAACCAUUUGAACACUUACAGUAUUUACCCACGCAGCGUGAACUUGCUCAGGGGUCAUAUUUCAGAAACAUCUUAAGUCAUUUCUUAAAUAUUUUCACUUAAGUUCAAAAUUUCAAUUGUUUGUAUUUCUUUACAGAAUUAAGACAUGCAUGUUUUUUUUUUGGUAUUCCUCAAAUAACAUUGACAUAAUGAUGUUAUUUUAAUGUAAUUUUCGAUGCCUAACUAUUACAGUAUGAAACGAAACACUUGAGAAAAAUUCCCAAUUUAAGGAUAAAAAUAAAAUUUAACUUAAGAUGCUUCUGGAAUACCACCCCAGAACAUUAAACUUUGUGUUAUAUAUCUGUCAGAGUUCGAAAAUGAUUGUGGUUUGUUAAAGAAACAUUGCUACCAAAUGUAAACAGUUUUAUUUAUACGUCUGCUGUGAAAUCUUUUGAAUAUUACUUCCUAAGAAUAGUCUAGUACCUCAAAUUUUCUGGUGAGCGCCUAAGGGCCUUUGGCCUUCGUGUUCUUGGUAUAUACUCAUUUAUUCCAUUAUAGACUCAUGAUUUUUGUGUUAGGCAUUUGCAUGAAUAACAGGUAUAUCGUUUGUUCCAAUUCUGAAUUGUAUUAUAUUUUCGUAUACAGUUUAUUAUAAUGUGAUUAUGUUUAAGUCCACUUUGUGCUUUGUUGAACAUAAAACGUUUUGCAUAAUUGUUGAAUAUUUAUUAUAGUUUUGUGAUAUUGCUUGUUUGUGCAAAAAAAGCGAUAAACUUAAUAUUGUUAUAAAUGUCGUUGUUACAUUAUUAUGUAAAAUGUUGAUAAAUAAAUAGUAAAAUUAU